UUUUUUUCAGCAUUCUUAAAAGUUCCAUCUUUGCUUUACCUUUCGCUGGAACUUUCUAGUUAGCCUAUGCUUUUAGUUUCACUCCUGUCCUUAAGCUCAGCCGAUGAACAAUGUUUAACUUUUCAAGCUCCUGCUUUAGCCCAAGAUAAGCUCCUGGACUUCACAAAUUAUCUUAAAUUCUUACAAUCUGUGUGCCUUCUCCUUUAAGUUGAUAUUGAUGGGCUGAUUCUCAUAAUCCCUUAUAGAUUGAGCUUCUCAAUCGCUUCACUCAAAAUUUUAGAUAAGAUGGUUUUGGAUUCUAGUCUUAUUCUUUAAAUUUUCAGGCUCCUCCUCAGAUGGGUUCAUGUUGCUUUUCCUCUUUAACUGCUCCACAGGCAUAUCUUCAUGGAAGCUACCAAUAUAUAUAUAUACCUGAACUUGAGCAUCCGAUGAUGGUUGCUUGUCCAUGUUUCCUGGUUUCUACAUUCGUAUGAUUGAUGCACUUUUGUUAAGUGGUGCAUGACUAAGAAAUCAAUAAAGCAAAAAAGUAAGAAAAAAAAGUAGAUUUGCACUAUCAUAAAAGAAAAUUUUAACCAAAUAAAAGGAAAGCUUCUUGCUUUAUGGGCAUGAAAGCUCUCUAUCCAGUAGAUAUUAAAAAUAAUGGGGUAAAAAUAAUGGAAAAUAACAAAAAUCUCUACAAGGAUAGCAAGUUUUCAUGCAACACUUUGCUAAAAAAAAGUUUCAUACAAUAGUAUUGAUGGGUUUUAGUCUAUUAAUAUUGGAGUCUGUCCAAGACUGGGAUAGUUCGAAUUUGCUUAGUCUAUCAGUAUUGUUGUUUCCGGAACUGAGAGGUUUUAAGUUCAAACUAAACCCAAUCGGAUUCAAUUGUACAUAAUGAGCAAAGACUUAACCACCUCAAACAUUUUGAUAAAUUUCUUUUUCUUUCCAUGACUUGUUUUGUCAUUAUGAUUAUUAUCUUUUUAAUUAUCCUCUGCUUGAAUGCCUGGCUCAGUUGAUUGUUAUCAGAUUAUGGUGUCCAGCGGUGAUGGCUAUGGUUCUCGCACUUCUGGAUCUUACACAGGAUGGCGUUCACUGGAACUCUUGACAAGUGCAAGGCUUGUGACAAGACUGUGUAUGUCGUUGAUAUGUUGUCCCUUGAAGGAGUGCCUUAUCAUAAAUACUGCUUCAAAUGCAGCCACUGCAAAGGAACUCUUGUGAUGAGCAACUACUCCUCCAUGGAUGGAGUCCUCUACUGCAAGACACAUUUUGAGCAACUUUUCAAGGAAUCUGGCAAUUUCAGCAAGAAUUUUCAAGCAGGCAAAACUGAGAGGCAAAUUGACCCGUCUAGGGCCCCCAGCAAACUCUCUUCCAUGUUCUCUGGAACUCAAGACAAGUGUUCUGCUUGUAGCAAGACAGUCUACCCGCUAGAGAAGGUGACUAUGGAGGGAGAAUGUUUUCACAAGUCAUGCUUCAGGUGUGCCCAUGGGGGGUGUCCUCUCACACACUCAUCCUAUGCUGCUCUUGAUGGAGUCCUCUACUGCAAGCACCAUUUUGCUCAGCUGUUCAUGGAGAAAGGGAGCUAUAGCCAUGUUCUUCAGGCUGCUUCCCACAAGAGAAAUGCUUCCUCCACACCACCUCCUGAGCCGGCUGAGGCAGAAGCAGAUGCUUCAGCUGCUGCAGACGACUCAGAAGAGCACUCUUAAACAAGCAAACCAUGGUUUCUUGCAUAAUUACUUACCUCAUCAAGUUGUUAUAUAAAUGUUUGAUUUUGAUAUGGCUGAUGGCGCCAUUUGUGUUGAAGACUGUUGUCUAAUUGUUCACAGUUUUAUUCUUGGAUUUGCUUAUUUAUGUUAUUUAUACAAAUGAUUCUGUUCAAUGUA